CAGACAAUGGGGCUUUGGAUCUUGGCAAUUCUGACAGUUCUCAUACAUUCCACAGCAGCUGCAUAUACUAAACCAUUCUGGGGCCGAAAUGAAGAUUUGAUUGUGAGAUGUCCUAAACAAGGAAGAUCUCGUUACCCUGUGGAUUGGUAUUACUCACAAACAAAUGAAAGUAUUCCCACCCAGAAAAGAAAUCAUGUAUUUGCCUCAGGGGAACAUCUUAAGUUUCUACCAGCCAAAGUCAAUGAUUCUGGGAUUUAUACUUGCAUUAUCAGAAGUCCCACCCUCAAUCUUACUGGACAUGCAAAUGUCACCAUACAUAAGAAACAACCAGAUUGUGACAUUCCAGAUUAUUUGAUAUUUUCAACAGUAUUUGGAUCAGAAAAAAAUUCCAAAAUAUAUUGUCCUACAAUUGACUGCUAUAAUUGGACAGCACCUGUUGAGUGAUUUAAGAAUUGUCAAGCUCUUCAAGGACAGAGGUUCAGGGCAUACAGGUCAUUUUUGGUAAUUGACAAUGUGACAAGUGAUGACGAAGGCGACUACACCUGUAAGUUCACACACAAUGAAAAUGGAGCCAAUUACACUGUGACAGCUACCAGAUCAUUCGCAGUGAACAAUGAGCAAGGCUUUUCUCUGUUUCCAGUAAUUAUAGCCCCUCCACACAAUGAAACAAAGGAAAUAGAAAUCG